AUUAAAUCUCCAGCGAUAUUAAAAAUGAAAAUUUUCAAAUUAUAGAAUAUGCUAUGAAUUAGGUCAGUAACCCAGGUUCGUAAAAUACGCCAUGCCAUCCAUGGUGGCAAUGGGACUUUUUCAACAUUGUGUGAAGUUCGUUUAUUCAGUGAUGAAUGAAUUGCUGCAUGCCGGAAAAUUUUGAGAAUAUUUCCGCUCUAUUGUUGUUGAAAAAAAAUAUGAAAAAAUGACUAAAAUAAAGUAGGGUGAUUAGAUGAUCUGCCACAUAAUGAAAAGGUGAGAGAUUUGUUUGCCAAGCAAAUAGUACAAAUUGUUUACCCGGGAAAUAUGCUAGACUAGAAGAUUUCUUAUAAAAUAGCUGGAGAUAAAGAAGACGUCAAGCAGUGGACAAACAGCCAUUGAUCUAAAGUGUUCGACAAUUCUAAAACAACUAUGGCAGCAAAGAUUAUCAUUGUAUGUGUGGCCUUGGCCGUAAUUUCCCAACUCAGCCGGGCUCAACAGCAACCGAAGGCGGAGGGACGCAGUUUUGGUUUGGGUGGAGCGCCUGUAUUUGCUCCCCCAUUAAUUGGUGGAGGAGGACGGGGUUAUUAUGGCUCCUAUGGCCAGAGCAAUUCGUUUAGCAGCAGUUCCAGUUCGAAUGCCUAUGGACAGUUUGGUAGCGCAUAUCCCGGUUUUGGUGCCUAUCCUGGUCCCGUAGGUUAUGGUGGUUAUCCUGGUUAUGGCGGUUAUGGUGGUGGUUAUGGACUGGCAGGUUAUGGCGGUUACAAUGGCUACAAUGCCUACAACAGUUACAGUGGCUAUAAUGGUUAUGGCGGUGGCUCUGCGUACGGUGGCUAUCCCGGUUAUGGUGGCCUUUAUGGUGGCGGUGCUUUCGGUAAACGUUAAUGAAACUAAAGUGUUGUUAAAUAUUUAAUUUAAAGAAGAAGAAG